AUGCUCGCGAUUGCGAUGCUCGCGAUAGCGCUGGCCCUCCAGCAGCCGAUCCAAUCGCUCUUGCACUGUGCGAGCCUCCAGGGCGAGAUUCUCGUCAAGCGCGUCGAACUCCAGCUCCUGUCGCUCGCGAAUCUGACGGGCUUCCAGCUCUCGUUGCGCGGCCUCCCCCUGUUUAAGGAGGCGGGCCUCCGACUCAUGUCACUCGCGAAGCUGCCGCGCGCGCAGCUCCUGCCGAGCCCGCGCGGCGUUCUCUCGGUUGUCUCGGAGAAUCCGUUCCUCCUCUGCGGCACGCGCGACACGUGCCGCCUCCUCUUCCUUCUCCCGCCUCCUACGUUCCCGCGUACGCUUGGCCCUCUCCUUCUCCUCCUUGUUCUUCGCCGCGGCACGCCGCUCGCGCAGCUCCGCGUCGAGAUCCUCCUGAGAGAACCGUACGCGCGUGCGUUCUACGACACGACGGGAACGACGACCUUCGUCAUUUCCCCCGCGGUCAUCAUCUCGCGCGCGGCGUCCGCGCCCUUCGGGCGGCGCGGUUCCCUCGAACUCGUCGUCGAGAGGUCGCCUGGGAGGUCCCGAGGUGCGAUCCGAACGUCGCAUCCGGUCAAGUUCAACCUUGGCGCGCGCUUUGCACGCGUAAAGGCCGCGAAUGCGCCCACCGCAAUUCUGAGAAGCUCUGAGAGCGCAGGACCGAUACCCGUUGGGAUUUUGGCUUAUUUCAAAUGUUGA